AUGCGCAAAGGUGGCGUGUCCGUCAAGGAUAUUGCCCAGCAAACGGAACGCAGCGCCAACUACAUAUACCGCGUCUUGAGGAAGGCCAAAGGCGCAGAACCGACCAAGAAGAAGCAGAAGACGAUGGUCUCCGAUGUGUCAACAGCCAAUGCUCGUGCCGCUCUGGCUGUUUCUCAGCGUAAUGACACCGGAGAGGGACGUGAUCAGCUGCUGCAAGACCUCACCGACCCCAGUUCUUCGCUGAUGUGCGCGGUCGAGAGCAUGGAGGUGUCGGCGUAUGAACCGAUCCCAUUGCUGAGAUCGGAGAGGGGCUCCGAACGGCAAACGCAAUCCCAAACGCGUCAGGACGCAGUGAACAGCGCUGUUUCCUUCAGUGCCGCAGCAAAUGCCAGCUCCAAUGUUGCCAAGCCUCAUGCAGAGCAAAAUUCAGAGGAGUUGUGGCUACUGACGGAUACUACAUCGACAACUGGCCGCCCAGAGGGUUCAUCUCCGACUAAAACCCCGUCCUCCGAUGCUUCUAGCAACAAGCAACUGCAAUUGCAGCCGUCGAACAAGCGAAAGCCUUCAGCUCCUCAAACUUCCACCCAGACGAGCGCUGCGUCCACUUCUUCGUUGCUUGUGAACCUCCACCUCCCACGCUCCAGAGCAGAGACCACGAACAACUCCAAAGCUUCUCGUGGGGUUGACGGCCUCCUCCAGCGGGUCCAAGACGAAAUCGGACGCCUCGAAGGCUUGACUCAGUCCGAUAUUUAUGACGCUCAACUGCUGCAGAUGCUGGUGAAAUUCCACGCCGAGACGCUGCUUGUUCAACUGCAGAAAACUCUGUCUGUUGGUGGGUCCAAUAAACGAGCGAGACAAGACACUGCUGGCCAGGAAACAAGUCGUCUACUUCGCCAGAAAUUGGCCAAGGAGAUCGCCCUCUUGAACGUCCAAGCCGACCGGGAAAGACUGGAGCUGGAACGGGAGCAGAUCCGACACAAGACGACCUCGAUGAUCUGCCGCAAGACGCUUCUGGACGCCAACGCGUCUCCAAUCGACGUGGAUCAGCUUUUUCCUCGCCAGUAA